GGAUUUGGACGGUCGUGUCCGAUGGCGUCAGGAAAGGGCGACAGGUUUUCUCCGUCCCAUCCCCUCCCUCUUCCCGUCCACACGCAGAGAGAGCCCGAGCCCGAGGAAGAAGAACACAUCGAGAAGGCUUUCCAGAUUCCGCCGAGUCCCCCGCUGAACCCUAGCUCUCUCGCGCCCGAUUCUCCGGAUCCGUCUAGCGAUCUCGGCGAUCUCUCUCGGCUGGCGUCAAUGGCCGACAAGGAGACGAAGCUUGAUCCGGAGGGGGCAGUGGAGGUGGAACAGGAGGAGGACUACGAGAGCGACCUCGACGACGCGCCCCUCCCGGCGGUGAGGCGCCGCGCCGCGGCGAGCGACGAGGAAGAGGGGGAGGACUCGGAGGAGGACGGCGGGUUGCCCUUGCCCCGCAGGAAGGCCGGAUCCGACGAGGAGUCUGACGGGCAGGGCGCCGCCGAGGUGUACGACCAGGAGCUUUACGAGGAGGAGGAGGAUGAGGGUGGGUACGAGGAGUACGAGGAGGAUUUCGAGCAAGGCCGCGGUGGGGUGGUGGCCGCCGAGGUGGUUGUUGCGCCGACAGAGGCAGAGGGGGUCAAGGAGGGAGGGGAAGCCGGGGAGACGGCGGCGGGAGAGGAGGUGGAGGGGAAGAAGGAGAGCGAGCCCUUUGCCGUGCCGACGACGGGCGCUUUCUACAUGCACGACGACCGCUUCCAGGAGGCCCGCGGCCGUGGGCGAGGAAGGAGAAUGCUGAGUAAUAGAAAGUUGUGGCCUAAAGAGGAGCAAGAGUGGGUCCAUGACAGAUUUGAUGAGAUGCAUCCACGUGAUUAUAAUAAUGGAAACAUAAGAAAUUUGAGAGGUCGCUUUAGAGGGCGUGGUGGUGGACCUGGCGGUAGGACUCGUGGUGUUAGCCGUGGUAAUUUCAGAGGAGGCAACAGAUCUCGAUCACAGUAUCAUGAUGGUAACCAGAACUAUUGUUACGUUCCAAAGGGGUCUCAUAUUAGCCAUGAUAAUACAAAGAAUUCUAGACAGGCCCUGCCUGAGAACGUGAAGACCAGAGCACCUAAACCUUCUCAGGCCCACAAUGAUGAUGUCAAUAACUUUGAUGUGGUUCCAAAAGAAUCUCGCACUUACUAUGCUGAUUCCAGAAAUCAACCAAGUCAUAAAAAUACACCAAGAGUAAUUCGAGGCAGAGGUUCUAAGCGGUACCAACCACGUUGGAGGAGUACCACUGAGCUGUCUUCGGAGCAAAACAAUAAAUCACAGAAUCCAGAAAAUGCUUCUUCAAAUGCAAACUUGGGGAAACAGCAACCUCAAAAUUCAAAUUCUUCUCGCCCUGGGCAAGGUUUAGCAAUUAAGCAAUCAUUUGCAUCAAACUUGAAUUCAGCUUCGCCACCCUUUUAUCCUUCUAGGCCACCCCACCGUGAACUACCAGCUGGUCCAUCUGUUGGGCUUGGUGAAGCUGGCACAGGCAGUCCUGCUCUGCAUUCAUCUCCAUCAUCAUCAAAUAGUCAAUUUCCUAUAGCAACUAAUCAAGUAAUUAGAGAUUCUGUUCAGUCCUCGCAUCCAGUUGUUCAACAAUGGUCAGUUCAGUCAUCUACUCAAUCCACACCAAGGAUGCCCGGCCAGAUGUUUUGUGCACGAAUUGGUAUUAGUGAUGAAAUGCCAUCUUCCACACAAGCUGUGUCUACAGUUACGACUGAAGACACUGGAAUUUCUUCACCUCGUGGAUCAAACAAAGUUAUUCCUCGAAUGACAGUGAAGGGACACCAUGGUGGCCAGGGAGAAGAGCAUGCGCCUUUUCUUUAUGGUAGAGGUCAGGUUCUAGGGGCUACAGGAAGCUUUUCACUUGGUGACCAAGGUUUUCAUGGCACCCCAGCACUCUUCCCAGUUAUGCAGUUUGGAGGUCAACAUCCAGGUCGACCUGGUGUUCCUUCAAUUGGUAUGGCUCUACCAGGAUUUGUGUCUCACCAACAACUUGGCCUGAGCAAUUCUGAGAUGGCCUGGCUCCCAAUAUUGGCUGGUUCCUCUGGAGGUUUAGGAGCAACUUAUGGCUCGCCUUACAUCGCCAUGGAUGGCAACUAUUAUUCCCGACCUUCUGAGCAGGAAUCUUCAUCAGUUUCUCCUAGAGAACCUAGUGCCGUUAAUGCCCCUUCUCAGUUGAAGUCCCCAGAAAUAACAGAGCUUGUAAAUGAUGAGCUUAUACAACAUCGGGUUGUAAAUGAUGAGCUUAGCCAACGUCGAAACAAACCUCGCCGAUACUCGGAGAUGAACUUUGGCCAAUGAGCAUAGCAAUGAUAAUUAACAAGCACUCAUUUGUCAGCUUUGGGUCUUUGCAAGACUUUUGCAAGACCUAUUAUCUCAAGGAGGUCUUCGUGAAUCCUGAAGCACUUCAGUGUCUGAUCUGUUGCACUUUGGGCUAUCUUGUAUCCAAAAAAUGGCAGGUCUGGCGUUUGAAGAUGUUUCCAGUAAAAAAAAAGCAUUUGAAGAUGUUCAAAUCCUCACUAUAAUCACUUGCAAUGAUUAUUCCGAUGGGCUGCUACAGCGAUGCUAUCGCUUUAUUAGGUGAAAUUUGCAUGGUAGAGCAUCCCAUUGGCGUACAUGAAUGUGAAGGAUGUGAUGAAGAAUAUAUGUCAGGUCUCCCGUCUCCGUUUCUCCAAGCUCUUCUCCAUGGUGUAGAGAAGGGACAAAUAAGGUGUUGGUUUGCUUAUGUGCGCUUUUCUUCUGUGGUACUCGGCUGGCCUGCCAUUCUAUGUUUGUGAGCUUCUAGAACUUGCUGUUUGCUCCUUCUACCCGUCCUCACUAUUUUAGUGAAGUUCAAUAUAUAUACUUGAGUUUUGCCGACCUCUUUGUUCUAUGAUCUAUCCAAGGAUGUGUUUUGAGGACCAA